AUGUCAUCGGAUCAACUUGAAGACGAGACCCUACUCCGAGAUGCGAAUACCACACCGCUCAACACAUCAGUCGAUAACUCGUUCGGUCCUAUCCCUUCAGACAUCCUCGAUUGUUUUAUGCCCAGAAACUCCGACCAUGAGUCUUCGCUGGAAACGGAUGAAGAAUUCAUGACCGAAGCCGAAUUGUUUGUCUUUGCUACGGGGUUUGAAGAGGGACCCAUGGCAGAUUCGAGGUAUUCUAUACUGGACCUUGAGGAUGAACCCAUUGUGGACGCGAUAUAUUAUUCCAUGGUGGACGACGAUGACCAGUCGCUGUCAAACUCCAGGAGUCGCACUGCACAAGACUUUGAGAGAGAAUCUCUCCCAGACGGGAAUGUUGAGCUUGUGUCAGAUCACGAAAAUACGCUUCGAGUCACCUCCUCGAGUGAAGGCGCACUAGCGCUGAUCGCCGACACUGGUACAUUCAGUUCCAUUUCUGAGACGAGCAGGAAGAGCAAAAUAUCAGAUCAAAAGAGAGCGAAAGAAAAUAGAGCCGUCACUCAAGAGCCGAGACAAGAAACAAUGGAGAUCAAGCUCCUCAGGGCCGAAUCGAAAAAGGAGAAGUUGAUGCAUGUCAUCCGCGAUCUCGAAAAAGUGAUCGCUGAUAAAGAAGACGAAUGCAAAAAAGCCGCAGCCGAGCUUCGGGAGCUGACUUGUAAAUUCAGAGAUGCCCAAAACCGUACACUUCUCAGAGAAGCGUAUGUCGAGCAGAUGCAUGCCCAGAACCAGGAAUUGAUCCAUGAGAAGAAGCUAUCCGAGGUCGAAAAGAAAAGAUUCGAGAGAAAGAUGCAGAAUGAGAUCGACCGACAAAAGAAACGGAGUUCACAAAUCCAAAUUCAGCUCGGGCAGGCGAUCAAGGGCGUGCAGGAGAUGUUCGAUGCCCAUACGACAGAUCAUGCAAAUCGAGUUGAGGUGGCGGAAUGGUAUGAAAAGAAGGUCGAAGAUCAAAAUGAGCAGCUCCUUGAGCUCUUGCAUUUCAUGGAAGAUACUAGGAAAUAUGUAUGGAGCCUCCAGAUGCCUGGGAAAGACGUCUUUUAUGAAGCUGAGGUCAAUUUGUUGAGAAGUAAGACCCUUGAUUGGACUGGGCCUCCGCCGGCGACCGAAUAUCAACCAAAUGGUGAUCUGUGGGCGAUGCAAUACCGGAGAGAGAACGAUGAGAUAUCAGACGAUUUUGCCACUAGCCACGAGGGCAUAGCGGUUAGUUCUCCCAAGAGCAGUGUGGGUGGUGCCUACAUGGUGAUGGCUGCCCCUUGGAGCAGCGAUGAGAUAUCAGAUGGGUACGCCUCGAGCAGUGAUCAAUUAGCACUUAUUCAUCCCACUGAUAAUGCUGGUCCUAGUGGAUGGAGUGGUUUCGACCCAGGAAAAGACCUGACUCGCGUCGACACUCUCACAAGGAGUGUAAGCAAUUUCCACCUAGCCUACGAGGAAAAUGUCAUAUUGGAGACCUCGUUACUACGUCUGAGUGAGGAGGACUUCGAGAUAAACGCCGAUGAAGAAUGCAUGGUGCCAGAGACACAACCGGGUGCUGAUAAAGAUAUCGACACGCAAAUAUGCAGCUCACAUGCAUCUCACGCAGAGAAGACAAGGCCUGUUGAUCUGACCAGGCGCCAACUCUUACCUGCAUGGCGCGAUGCUGUAAUCUUCCCAGAUCCCGCAGCGACACAGGAGCUAACCAUUGCAAGUAAGAACCUCCGAGGCCGACGACUGAAAAGGAAUAAAAACUACUUCAAUUCUCCUCUCAAUGCACCUCUGACCUCGCCUAUCUUCAUCUGCGCUGAUGAGGAUUUCAACGCUAUGGACGCUGAUACGCCCUUACCGUACUUCACCAGGCUGCCAUCAUAUUCACCCCCCUCAAAACGAAUCUGCCUAAGCCGGCUACGAUCGCUGGCGUGGGAUUCUCCGAUUCGGGAUCAUUUCCCCGGGCAGGUGCUCUUCCAGGAACGGCUCAAACAGGGACAAGCCGGUGUGAACGUGAGUCUCAGGCAACCUGUUCGGUCUCCAUUUGCAAUUGCUGGUAGUGCUUAUGCUCGUCCCGAUUCGCAGACUGCCACGCCUCGAACGGCUCGCGAGGAUUCGGGAUGGUCAUUGUCCAUUGGGCAUUACCUUCAGGCUAUGAUCUCGAGGUCUUCUUCCGAGAAUACUGACGGUGCAUAUGUUGAGAGCAGCAUCAUCCUUUAUCAUGCACAUUUUUGGAACGCGUUCGCCGCGCCAGCAAACCUCCGGGAGAACGUCCUAGUAGCCAUCAGGAUGAUCUUGAUGUGUAUGAUGAUGUGGCUAGCGUAUAAUUUGCGUGCGUACGACGAAUGGAAGCUAGCCAACGGUGAACCGACGACGCUUGAGAUGAUCCUCGAAACGAUGCAUUGGAGGACGAUGCAGAUAGGGCUAGUGGAUACAGCUCGGUUCGGCAUUCAUGAGUGGCUGGAGGAGCGGACGUGGUUAGGUUGA